AUGUCUGACGAGGAGAACGAAAUUGUCAAUCACGAGGCUAUCGAGGAAAAUCAGUCGGGAUCUGAAGGCGAGAGAGAAGAUGUCACAAGAGACUCUGUAACAGACUCUUCUGAGGAGGACGACGAUGAUGAAAACGAAGAAGAGAUCCAAAAAGUCCGUGAGGGCUUCAUAGUGGACGACGAGGACGAAGAAGUAGAAUCAAAGAAGAAAAGAAGACACAAGAAAAGAAAGAGGGAAAGAGAACGUCAAGAAGAGGAUGAUGCAUUAGAUGAAGAUGAUCUCGAGUUACUUUUGGAAAAUUCUGGUGUUAAACCUCGUGGACAAGGGAAUAAACUCAAACGGUUGAAAAGAAAGACAUCAGACGAAGAAGAGAGUUUACAAGCUGAUGCGUCAAAGCAAGGCGAGUUUCUGUCUAGACAAUCCUCUGCAGUACCAGAUAUUUUUGCCGAUGAUGAUGAUGAUGAUGAUGAUGAUGUUGAUGACGCCGACGAAGAGUUGGAGGGGAGGUUUGUUGGUAACGAUUUGAACGAGAGAGGGACAGUGCCACGUGAUCGAUCUAACAUAUUGGACGAGUUUGAAGAUUUUAUUGAAGAAGACGAAUUGUCGGAUGAAGAUGAAGAGACAAGAAAGCAAAGACAACUCGAAAGGCAAAGGAUGAAAAAGAAAGGACCCAAGAUCGAUACUUCCAAAUUGUCAAGUGUGGAUCGUAAAAGUCUUCAAGAACUAUUUGAGGUGUUUGGUGAUGGGCGUGAAUAUGAAUGGGCAUUGGAGGCACAAGAGGAUGAAGAUCUUGGUGCUGCGGGCAAUGAGGAUCCAACAUCUUUAGACGAAGUGUUUGAACACUCUGAGUUGAAAGAACGUAUGUUGACAGAGGAGGACAAUUUAAUUCGUAUCAUUGACAUUCCUGAACGUUACCAAAAAUACCGUUCCACGUUGGCUUAUAUUGACCUAGAGGGCGAUGAGUUGGAACUUGAAAAACAAUGGGUUGCUGAUGUCUUGUUGCAAGAGAGAGCUGCAUUCAAAGGCGGCUUUUUGGAGCAACCAUUUAAAGAAGCUGUUGGCAAAGUAGUUGAGUUCAUUUCCAAAAAAUCUUUUGAAGUUCCUUUCAUCUGGGCAAAUCGAAGAGAUGAUUUGUUGUCGGAUGCCGAUGGUGCUAGCGUACAUAAGUUGUUGUUUGAAGACGACUUGUGGAGAAUUGUUAAGUUGGACAUUGAGUACCACUCUCUAUAUGAAAAGCGGUUGAAUAUGGAAAACUUGAUUCGAGAAUUGGGUGUCGAUGAUGACCUCACCAUGGAUCUCAAAUCUUUAAACACAAUGGUGGCAGUUCAAGAUACUCAGGAUUACAUAAACUUUACUUACGCCAAGGAAAUUCAAAACUUGGCAAAUAAGGGAAAAGAUGAAGAGCAAGACACAGAAGGGAAGACUAAUAGCAGGGGUAAAAAGCAUUCAAAAUAUGCAUUGUAUGAUAGAAUCAAAUCGAAUAUUUUGUAUGAUGGUGUUGAAGCUUAUGGGAUCACUGCCAAACAAUUUGGGGAAAAUGUGCAAGACCAGAGUUCACAAGGCUAUAAUGUGACUUAUAGGAUCCACGCUACCGACGAUUCACAAGAAUCUCCUGAUUUUGUGAUUAACAAGUUGGUCGAUGAUGAGGAAGCCUUGUUCCGAGAUCAAAAGACAGCAAAAGAUGCGAUCAGACGAACAUUUGCUGAAGAGAUUUUCCAUAAUCCCAAGAUCAGGCACGAGGUAAGGUCAACGUUUGCGUCUCUAGCGUCAAUCAGUGUGGCUAUCACUGAAAAGGGAAGGAAUACGAUUGACAAUUAUAGUCCUUAUGCGGACAUCAAGUACGCCAUCAAUCGUUUUCCUUCGGAGCUAGUGCGUACCCCGGAUGUGUUUUUGAGAAUGUUGGAGGCUGAAAAAUUGGGAUUGGCUGUAAUAACUGUGGAGCCCAGACAGUCUCAAGAAUGGUUCCAGAGUAUAUUCAACUGUUUGAAAUCAGAUGGAUCUUCGGAAGUCUCGGAGCAGUGGAAUAAUGAGAGAGAAAUAGUUUUGAAGAUGGCGUUUAAGAAGUUGUGUGCUAUGGUUGCCUUGAACACUAAGGAGGACUUGAGACGCGAGUGUGAGAGAUUGAUUGCUCUGGAGGUGCGUGCUAGUUUCACUUCCAAACUUGAUCAAGCUCCCUACAAACCAUUUGGAUAUGACAAGGGAACAAGACCAAAUGUAUUGGCUUUGACGUUUGGUAAAGGUGAUUAUGACAGUGCUGUGGUCGGUGUCUUUGUCAAGGAUACGGGCAAAGUUCAGGAUUUCUUCAAAUCUGAAACAAAUCCUAUCAGAGACUUGGAGAGUGAGGAAAAAUUCACUGGGCAGUUGAAGGAGUUUAUCGAUAAGCGUUUAAAGAUUGACAAGCCAGAUGUUUUAGUAAUAUCAGGAUUCAAUGCCAACAGUAAAAGACUAUACGAUAUUUUGAAAAAAUUUGUUGAGGAAAAUCAUAUCAUGGCCAACAUCGAUGAGCUUCCAAAGGACACAACACCGGAAUUGAUUGACGUGAUUUGGGGACCAGAUGAAACCGCUAGACUUUACCAAAAUUCCGAAAGAGCCAAAACUGAUUCCCCUGACAAGCCGCAAUUGGUUAGGUACGCUAUUGGAGUUGCCAAAUAUAUUCAAGACCCACUCUUGGAGUAUGUCUCGUUGGGUGAUGAUAUUUUGUCGCUUACUUUCCAUGAACAUCAGAAACUCAUUCCUAUUGAUUUAGUGAAGGAGGCAUUGGAAUCUGCAUUUGUUGACCUUGUUAAUGUCACCGGUGUUGACAUCAACGUAGCAGUCCGCGACUCGUACGUUGCGCAGACUUUGCAAUAUGUUGCAGGGCUUGGUCCACGUAAGGCGUCAGGAUUGGUGAGAAACAUUGUCAACAAUUUAAAUUCUACAUUGGUUGCAAGAAGUGAUUUAAUUGAGGAAGGCUUGACAACGGCACAAGUUUUUUACAAUUGUGCCUCUUUCUUGUACAUCCCGGUUGACAGCCAAAUUGACACUCUUUCGGAAUCAGUUGAGUUGUUAGAUGCUACGAGAAUACACCCAGAGGAUUACGUUUUGGCCAGGAAAAUGGCUGCAGAUGCAAUUGAAAUGGAUCCGGACGAGUUCAAGAGUAAUGGAGACUCUUCAGUAAUUCAGACAUUGUAUAAUGAAGACGUUUUCAAGGUUAACGAAUUGAACCUUGUGGAAUAUGGUAAAGAGUUGUUUAAAGAGCAAGGUGUAAAGAAGUUUUCCAGGUUGUUGACGAUCAAGGAUGAAUUAAUUAACAACUAUGAGGAGUUGAGAAACUAUUUCAAGACGUUGGAUAGUGUUGGAGUCUUUACUAUGUUGACUGGAGAGACCAAAACUUCGUUUGGUCGUGGGCUGGUGGUUCCAAUUACUAUUGUCAAGGUUGGUAAAAACUAUCGUGACCCAAGUGCCAAAAUCAGAUGGGCCAAGGGCGUUACCGCAUCCAUGGUGCAAGCAAACAUUGAAGAAGAGCAUAUCCCAGACAACCUUGACCUUUUUCAGGGACAAGUUGUGCAAGCAGUAGUACUUGACGUCACGUACGAAUCAUUCACAGCCACGAUGAGUUUGUUGAAGGAUGACAUUAAACGAGCUUCGAAACCAAGAUUUCCCAAGGAAGGUGGUAAGUGGAACCUUAGAGCUGAAGAAGAGGAUUGGAAGAGGGAAAGAGAGAAAGAAAAAGCACAGCUCGCCAAGACCAGGAACAUACAACACCCAUUGUAUCGAAAUUUCAAUUAUAAACAAGCAGAAGAGUUUUUGGCUCCCCAAAACUUGGGAGACUGUGUUAUUCGUCCAUCUUCGAAAGGUCCCAAUUAUCUUACAAUCACUUGGAAAGUGGGCAAUAACUUGUUUCAACAUCUUUCAGUACAAGAGCGCACAAGAGGGAAAUUCAAGGAGUAUGUUGUUGAUGGGAAAACCUACUCUGAUUUGGAUCAAUUGAUUUUCCAACACAUUCAAGCCAUUUCUAGAAAAGUUGAUGAAAUGGUUCAUCAUCCCAAAUUUAGAGCUGGUACAAUGGCUGAAGUCACUGAAUGGUUGGAGUCAUACACCAAGGCAAAUCCAAAGAACUCGGCAUACAUUUUCUGCUAUGAUCAUAAGAACCCGGGAUAUUUCUUGCUAUUGUUCAAGGUUAAUGUUGACACUCCUAUCAAGACUUGGCACGUUCGUACUGAAACUGAUGGGUACGCAUUGAAAAACUUUUUGUACACUUCAAUGACCAAAUUGUGUAAUGGGUUUAAGCAAGUGUUUAAGACGUAUUCUACCCCACUGAACCAGCCUGCUCCAUCGACUGGCUAUGGCUAUAAUGGAUAUUAA